CAGARCRAUGACGUCAGAUCAUUCCUCAUCACCAUGCUGUCGCCUUCUUGGGAUAACAGGAGAGGGCAUGGAAUCUAGCACAACGAUGUCACUGAAGAUGAUUGACACUCAAAAAARUGGRCUUCAGAAAAUCGUCRCAGGGAUGGAGAAGCGCUUUGUUUCACUCCAGCGCCARAGGGAAGACUUGGAACUAGUCCUGGAAACCGUGAAUGACUGGGUCCAAGURUUUCACGAAACAGAGAGGUGGAAUAGCGGGGUCCCAAUCCUCCGCUCAGCCAAAGAAAACUGCGACGACCUUAUAACGCCUUAUUUAAACGAGGGGGAGAGCGACUUCAACCAGACCGUGUUUCGGCUGAGCAGUGCCGAGAUACCCUGCUUUGCGCAUGCUCAGAAGCUUCUAAAGUCUUUGCGCCGCGAGAUUAGGGUUGUGUUUGAGAAAGAGAGCACUUUUAAUGGGAAAUUUGUGGAGGAUGUACGGGUUAUAAUGGGAAAAAUUACUGGGAUUAUAAGCGCUAUAUUAAACCUUUAUUAUAAAUAGAUGUAAAAUAAAAUGAUGAAUAAAUGAUAC